GUUCGGCAGCGGCGGCUUGGGCUGCGGCAUCGACAGCGACAGCAAUAGCAAACAACACAUCCUCCUCCUCCUCCACCAGCCCGGUCGAAGGCAUGGCGUUCAACGGCGACGGUCCCCACUCGAAGAGGCAGCGUCUCGAGGAGUCCGGACACAGGAAUCACGAGUACGGUGGCUACGGAGACGAACCACGACGCAAAAGGGAAGACAAUAAUAAACCGAAUCACGUAUUGCUGUUUACAAUUAUCAACCCAGUAUAUCCUAUCACGGUGGAAGUUCUGCACGCCAUCAGUCACUCGAGCGGGCAAGUUCAGCGCAUCGUUAUCUUCAAGAAGAAUGGAGUCCAAGCCAUGGUUGAGUUCGACUCGGUCGAAUCUGCCACGAGAGCGAAGGAGACACUUCACGGAGCCGACAUAUACUCUGGAUGCUGCACGCUGAAGAUCGAUUACGCAAAGCCAACAAAAUUGAACGUUUACAAGAAUGACUCGGAGAGCUGGGAUUAUACAACGCCUGGUCCUGCAGGCGCCCACAAAAAUGACAGCAGCACGGGCAACGGGAGGCCGGCACCGUUAUUGGCUGAACCUCGCUACGGGGCUGCCCCUCAGCCAUACGGUAAACGAUUAUUGCCACUUCCAAAAGGAGCCAGCGUGACCGGACAGUUCGGCGCGGGUGGCGCCGGCGCUCACGAGCGCUACGACGACAGCUUCAACGGGCCGGCCGGUUACGGCGCCGAGCCCUACUCCGUGGACCGCUACGGCAUCAAGGGCUCCGGGCCCGAGUUCGCCGUCAGGGAGCCCCUGCACCCGACGCCCGGCGUGCCCGGCAGACCGGGCGGCGGCGGCGGCGGCGGUGGCGGGGCCUACGCGGGCGCCCUGAACCAGGCACCCGGAGCCAGCAGCAAUCAGGGCUCGGUGAUGAUGGUCUACGGCCUGCAGCCCGACAAGGUCAACACCGACAAGCUGUUCAAUCUGUUCUGCCUGUACGGCAACGUGAGCAAGGUCAAGUUCCUGAAGACCAAGGAGGGCUGCGCCAUGAUUCAGAUGGGCGACAGCAUCGCGGUGGAGCGCUGCCUGCAGAAUCUCAACAACGUGAUGAUCGGCGAGGACGCCGGCAAAUUGCAGCUGGGCUUCUCCAAGCAGGCUUUCCUGUCGGACGUGACCAAUCCCUACCAGCUGCCGGACAAGUCGCCGAGCUUCAAGGAUUUCUCCGGCAGCAAGAACAAUCGCUUCCUGAAUCUGGCGAUGGCCAACAAGAAUCGCAUCCAGCCGCCGUCCAAGAUCGUGCACUUCUUCAACACGCCGCCGGAUCUCACCGAGGAGACGGUCAAUCAGGUGUUCGUCGAUCGCGGCAUCGACUCGCCCAUCACGGUCAAACUGUUCCCACUGAAGUCCGAGCGCUCGUCGUCCGGCCUCAUCGAGUUCAGUAGCGUCGGGGUGGCCGUUGCGGCAAUUAUGGAGUGCAAUCACACGGCUAUCGAGAACAGCAACGGAAAAUUCCCCUACAUAAUGAAGUUGUGCUUCUCCUCGUCGCGCACUAUACCUAGCAAUUUCCCCCCAAGCAGCAGUUCAUCGAGCUCUGCUAACAAUGGCCACGCAAAAAUGCAGCAAGACUCGGAAUAGAACGGCGAGGCCCAGGGUCAGCAGCGUCAGCGUCUACAACAGCAGCAGCAGCAGCAGCAGCAACAGCAGCAGCAACAACAACAGCAUCAACAGCAGCAGCAACGACAGCAGCAACAACAGCAGCAGCGUCAAAGAGCAGCCCUAGGAGCUCUUGGACUAGGGCUGCAUCCGCAACUCUGUACGUCUCAGCAGCAGCAGCAACAGCAGCAACAGCAGCAGGCGGCCGCAGCAGCGGCAGCAGCCUCCGCCGCUCUCGCACUGUCCCCGGUAUUGCCUCCGCACGCGGCACAUCCACCGCACCCACCUCCCUUGCCUCCGCCGCCCACCUGUCUACUCAUCGCAGCGCCUAGCCUCACGGCUCAUUAUCAGACGGCCGCGCCACCUCCUCCACCGCCCCUGCCGCCGACGGCCUUUUGGCCCUACUAAAAAAAAAAACUGCUAUCAUUGAAACUUUCGAUAAUCAUUCCGCUGCUGCUGAUGCGAAGAUGCGCCAUACAUUCACCAUCGGUUGCGACGCUGAAAGAAUGAGGGAGAGAGAGAGCUGCUUACCCCCCACUCACCGAAAAAAAAAUUAGCGCGACUCGCGAGCAAUUGUAAUUUUUUUUUUAAUUUUAUUAAUGCGAAGAUAAACAAAACCUUGUCAUCGUACACAGGAAGCUCUGCGCUUUGAAUCGCGUUCGUAAGGUUUCUGCCUCGAAAAGACUCGCGAUGCUUAGUCAAAACAGCUUGUUAUACAUCGCUUUCAUACAAAGCAAUACUUUUUAUCAUACUCGACUGUAAACGUAAGUUGCGUACUGUACGAUAAAAACACUCGCUUGCGAUGUAAAAAUAAUAAUAAUAAUAAUUGAUAAAGAUAAACAAUUGAGGAGGGACACAAGUUUUACGCAGCUUGUGCGUAGCAGAGCGUUUGUUAUGGCUUUGCCGCCACUUUCAACUUUUUGACUACAUAGACAUUGACAUGAUAUUUUAUGUUUAAAUUAAGCUGUAGCAUUAAAGACAAAAAAAAAUAGGGCGCAACAUGAUGAGCGGCACUAAUCGAAUUAUCACUACCAAUGAUUUUUGUGUUGAUAUACUUUAUUCUGUGUUCCUUUUUACUCUACGAUAAUUAUUUUUCUAAUUUUAUUCAAGCAUAGAUUUUUCUGCAUUGGUAAUUUACUUGAAUGGAUGGUUUGAUUUAUGCGUGAAUUGAAUCAAUUACGUGUUUUAUCAACAAUUUGCACGACUCGUGUUUUAUUGUUAUCUAUUUUAAUUUUAUGUUAAUUGCAAAGUACUAAGGCUACUUUAGUAUAGUUAUAACAUUGAAUUACCGAAAAUAAUUAAGAUGCAGCCUCUUAUAUGUAUAUAUGUUAUAAUAAAUUGAACUGCUCUUAGAGUUAUUGAUAAAAUACUGUCAUUUUUAACUAUAAAAAACAAAGUGUAUUUUGUAAUUUGAAUUCAAUUUUUUAUUAUAAAAACAAAACGAAUAAAUGAUGAGCAACGUUAUUCUCGAUAAUCUAAUUUUCUAUAAGGAUCGCACCCUCGAAUCAAAUAAUAUUAAUUUAAAUACAGCUAAAUUGAACUCACGUGUGCGUUCAAUGUAAUCAAAAUGCGUGAACGAAAGUUCCUUUCACAUUUUUGCUCGAAGCACAACUUACAUAAUGUUGGAUUUUUAAACCUUGCAUAGAAUGUAACGAACGCCAUUUAUUUUGAAACUAAUCAUUCACGCUUGAUAUUUGAAUAUUGAACACCGUCGAUAAUAACGCAGGUGUCUCGAUCUCUGCGGGCUAAACUGUAGAAAGAAAUUAUUUGUACGUUCACGAAUUGACCUAUGUUGUAUGACCAUUGAUAAUCACUUCUUGAGUACGCGAAGAUAUAGUUGUACAGCGCAUGACAACGAAGGCUUGUCUUGAUUGAAGAGUUUGCUUGUUUAAACGCUCAUUUUUAGGCUCUUCGCUUUAUUACAUCCGGACAAAUGUGUAAACGCCGAAGAGCUAGUCGUCAUUUUUUUAAUAAAAAAAAAAAACGGUCUUGUGAUAAGCAAAAGGCUUAUUUGCAAGCCUUAUCGAUUUAAAAUGAAAUGAUAUCUUUGUAUAGCUUUAUAUUACACUCACACACGUGAAUAAAUAUUUUAUUUUUCUGGAUGUUUAGCGCUAUUAUGCAAUAUAUAUACAAAACUAUUAUAGACGUGUAAUUUAUUAAACAUUUUAAAUUGCAUAUCGCGUCAGUAAACGAAAUAAUGAAUGACUUAUUAGUUAGGAAAUGGUGUAAAGUAGGCGUGAAUAAAUUUUCAAAUCAGCUGUGAAUUGUGUAUGCUAAACAAAAAAAAAACAAAAUAUAAUGUGAAAUUCGAUGAAUCUAAUGAUAAAAAAUUUUUAAACGAUAUUCUUUAUCACUUUACAAUACAUACAUCGGGGGAACGAUUUAAUAAUAAUUAAAGCAACAAAAAUGGACUGCAACUCGAUCAAUUAUUGAUGUAUACAAUUAUACAAAAAAAACAUUUGAGGUUGUAACAAGUAGUGUCGUUUUACCUUUUAAUCAAUGAUGAGUAUAUCGAUUAAUGACACGAAUGCGUAUCAAACUUUUUUCGACAAGCAAGUAAAUUCGUAAAUAAAAACAUAUCCUUCAUUCUAUUGUAAUAUGUAUAUAUUUGCAAGUGUUAGAAAAUGAGUUUCGACCGUUUUUAUGGAUGAUUAUCAUGUUUUAAUGCAAGGUACAUAUAUUUUUAGCUAUUUCCGGCAAAUUGAAAGGGUCGAGGACCAAACGUGACUGUAUGUGCGCGUUUAGUCGAGCAUCAAAAGAGUUACGAGGAAAUUGUAUGCGUUUGUCAUACUGAAUAAGUUAUGUCAAUAUUACAUGUAUAAAUUGCAUAUCGUUAGCAUACGGUUGUUUAACUAAUUCAUUACGAUUGUUGUUUGGUUAUUGGUUAAUUAAUGAUACUUCACUAUUUUAGGAUUAAAUACUGCCAGGAGCGCUUGUUUGCUUACUCUGUAACGUUUGUUUUGGACAAACUUGUAUUUAUUAUGUACCGUGGCGCGGAGAAUAGAAAAUACGUCAUUGAACAUAUUAAAAACUCGACGACGUCGUUUGGGUAUAACUUUGUGAUGAUAUGCACAUUCGUUGAUGCAAUCGACUUUUUAAUGUGUAACUUUUGUAGUUCUAUUCGAGAGACAUUUCUAUCAUAUAUAAAUGCUUGAUGAAAAAAAAAGAAAAAAAAAUGAAGAAGAAACUCGAGUUGUUUAUUCAAAAUGAAUAAUUAAAAGAAAUAUAAAAAUCAUUCCAAUUGCGAAGUAGAAUAAUUAAGCGAAAAAUAAUGAUCGAUAAUUAGUAGGAGAAAAUUAGUUUCGCGCAUCUUAAAUAAACGUACAUUAAUAUUAAACGUAUGUAUCGUUACAGAACAAGCAGAAGCGUAGUUGUAGUAUACUAGUUCCCAAGUAUUAUUGUAGUGAUACAAAACAUUUCCCACACAUAUCAUACACCCUAACUUCCCCUACUUCUCUCCCUCAAAAAAAGCUAUCGACGGAUAACUUUAUAUCAUAUCAAUGUCUUUUUAGGUAUUUAUAGUAAUUUAAUCGCAAAAAUCUGUGUGAUUGCAUAUAAAACAAAACAUUUAUAUAGAAAAAUAUGUAUAUAUGUAUCUCCAACCAUACGUAUUAAGAUACGAAACGUAUUGGAGCAAUUCGUAUAAUAAGUCUCGUUUACUGCAUAAAACUAUCAUUUUUACUCUAUACGCUCUGCCGAAUGUGAAUAUUUGCACAAUUGUUUCGUUCCAUUUUGAACUAAUCCGAAUUGGUCUUUGUACUUUUUUCCCCAAUUUUUUUUUUUUUUUUUUUACGUAAAUUCAAUUAAAGAGCGCAUUAAGAAUUGACAGAAAGAGAGAAAGAAAAAGAGAGAGAGAGAGAAAGAGAGAAACUGCAUCCUUGAUGAAUGGUGUGAAGCUAAAUAAUGUGAUUCGUGUUCAUUACUCUAUUAGAUUGAUCGACUGUUAAAAGAAUGUACCUCUUUUAUUUGAGCUUGCUCUAUUUGUUCCAAGUAGAGCAAGACACCGUGUACAUAGUACAUACUUUGACUGGGUUUUCACCUCAACUUGCAUCCUCAGUUAUUUUGUAAACGAUAUUUUAUAUAAUAAUAUUUAAUUGAAUAUCUCAUUGUUUGAAUGGAACAUUUCUCCGACUUCAACAGGAUAUAUUUGCUGCGAAAAAAAUAAAGAAUAUGUAAGAAUUUUUCUAUUACUUCUCGUUAGCGCGUGAUAAAAAAAAAUAAACGAAAAGGGAAAUAAAUGAAGAUGCAAGAUGGCCUAAAUUUUCUGCGCAUCUGUUUUGUCUGUUGAUAUGUAUAUGUAUAUUUGAUCCACGAAAGGGUCUCUGAGCUCUGUCUUCCCACGACUAAGUUUAAAAAAAAAAGAUAAGACAAAUUAGAUACAAUAAGAUUUGUUGACUGUAUACAUUAUAUUAUGCAUUAUAAAUAUAUAUAUAAAUAUAAUAACGUAUAACGGAAGUAUCGCCAUGAUAUUCCCCAAAACACAUUGUGAGCGGCGCGUGACAUUAAUCUCUAAGAUUGUUUGCGCUUCGAGUUCGAUACGACUUUGUCUUUGCACUUGAAUGAAAAAAAAUAUAUUGAAAGAAUCGGGGUAAGAUGAUUCAAAUUAUGUGUAUUAUACAUGAUAUUAUUAUCAUUACAAUUAUGAUUAUUGUAUUAUCAUUUGCUAGUGAUUAGCAAGCGUUUUUUCGCUCUAUAUCGAAAAAAUCACGGAUGUAAAUUUGCGUUCGAACGAAGCUGCGUUUCCGGGACCUAUAUUGAUGAAAAACAAAACACUAUACGCGACACGAGAAAGAGAGGCAAUUAUUUAUAUUUUUCAAGUGCAGAUGGCAGUGUAUAAGAAUUUUUGGAUUUCAUCAUUGCGCGAUUUGAAAAAAAAACAAUUGCGCUCGAUAAUUCGUCGUAUAAAAAUUUAUUGUAUAUUAUAAGAACAAUAUAUAGUUUCUAGAAAGAUUAAAAAAAAAGAAAGAAAGCAAAAAAUAAUAGACAUACUGUACGUCAUGGAAACAAUUGUAAGUCUUUCGCAUACCUCGAAAUAUUAUAAGCUGUAAAACGUACCGAGGGUAAUGAAAAAGUAAAAAAACUCCAAAAAAUGAGAAAAAAAUUAGUUUAGCCGAUGGAAAAUAAUUGCACGCGUGUGUGUACGCUCGACGUUAAUGGUCGCCUAUAAUACACACACGCGUAGCAUGUAUGUGCAUAAUUUACUGCGAGAGCCAUAAGCGCGCAUCACUAUUAAUUAGAUAUAUAAAAAAAAAUACUAAAUGUAAUGAUAAAAAAAUGACGUGAGAAAAGGAAUUUUCGAAGCACGUUCGAAACAAAUAUUUACGCUUGUUGGCAGAACGAAAAUAAGAAAAAAAAAGAUGAAACAAUGAGCGAUACGAAGUAAAGGAAAAAAGGAAGGAAAGGAAAAAAAACCCAAUUAUGAAUAUUACAAUAAUAAUAGAUGAAAGCAAAUCGAGUUUUGUGAAAAGGGGAAGUGUAAUAUGUGUAUAUUACUGUAUGUCGUACGCUGUAAUGUUUGAAUUUGCGAGUCAAUUAUCUGUGCCUAGCAGCCCUGCGCACCCUACCAAAUAAUGUACCACCGUUAUGAUAAAAACAGAGAAAAAAAAAUAAGAACAGUAAAAAAACCAAUUAUAAACGAUUUGAAGUAUUGAUCAAUUUUAAGAAAAUGUACAUUCACUCGAAGAAUUAUCGUAAGGAAAGAGGAGAAGAUGGGUCGAUGAGAGCAAAAGUCAAAUUAAUGAAUCGCGCUGUUUUUUCUCUACGAUAAUGUAUAUAAUUUUCAACGCUGCAACUUUUUUGCACACACGAUAUAAUUGAAGAAAUUUUUCGAAACUUUUUCAAUAAAAUUUCGACGGGAACAAGGAAAAUUUUUUCGAACAAAAAGAAGAUGAAACUUAAUCAAACGCUGCGCCGUUUUCAGGCAUUUAUUGGACGUUACGAUUGGAUAUUCGAACAAAAACGGGGGCAAUUUACGGUUGCUCGUUGCAUCUCGCCUGUUCUGCUCCUCUUUUUACUUAUUGCCAAUUUUUUCACAGAAUGUUUUACGAAAUAGCCAACGAUGAAAAACAAAAAAAAAAAUAUUAAACACGCUGCAAUGUAUACCUGUGAGAAAAAAGGAUAUAUAUAUAUAGAUGACAACUAAAUACGUAAUA